CCGUGCGGUAGGAGGGGUCGUAGUGACGCCGUCAUCCAAUGGGCACCGGCUUCCUCUGGACGGAGCGCAGCAUCUCUGUCUCAGCGGCACUUUUGCGCCAGACAAGUAGGGACGGUCGCUCACUCAGCAUCCGAGAAGAGGAAGCGGGGCUAAGGGAAUUACUACGGUGUUUUAUUUUUCCUCGGGCGUCCCCCCCCCUCCAGACGCAGAUUUGCAAAGAUGAUCGUGCGCUGCGUCAUUCUGGCGUGCACCUUACUUGCGGGCUCAUCCUCGGGGACUAAGCCAGGUCAGCCCCUCAAGCCUCCAUGUAGACCAGGGUUCUCCCAGAACUUCUACACAGUGAUUGUCUCGAGAGACGUACUGCACGGCCAGAGCAUCCUCAAAGAUACCACCCUGUCCAGCGAGCGUGUGAGGUUUGAGGACUGCCAGCGCAGCAGAGAGGUGGGCUUCGUGAGCAGUGACCCGAGCUUCAGCGUGAAGCCCGACGGGACGGUGUACACACAGCAGGAGGUGGCCAACCUGUCGGAGCCGGUCCAGUUCAUGGUGACGGCCCGGGGGGUCCGCGACCCGCGGAUCUGGGAGACCACCGUUAAGCUGGCCUUGGCCGGACACCCCCACCCCCUGCCUCUAACCAAGGUCGGCAUAGAAGAGAUGCUGUCACGAGUGUGGGACUCCCAGCCCAGAGUCAUUAAGUUUCCUCGAAGACACCAGCGCGGCUCCUCCGCCAACGGGCUGAGGCGACAGAAGAGGGACUGGGUCAUCCCGCCCAUCAACGUGCCUGAAAACUCCAGAGGACCCUUUCCUCAUAUGCUCGUCAGGAUCCGCUCGGAUCAGGACAAGGAUGUCGGCAUCCGCUACAGCAUCACGGGCGCCGGCGCCGAUCAGCCCCCGAGCGGCAUCUACAACAUCGAUCCCAUCAGCGGCAACAUGUUCGUCACGCAGCCGCUGGACAGGGAGGAGAGAGCGUCCUUCCACCUGCGAGCGCAUGCGGUGGACAUGAAUGGGAACCAGGUGGAGAACCCCAUCGAUCUGUACAUUUAUGUGAUUGACAUGAACGACAACCGGCCCGAGUUUCACAACCAGGUUUACAACGGCUCCGUGGCUGAAGGAUCCAAACCGGGCUCGUCCGUGAUGCAGGUGACGGCCACGGACUCGGACGACUCCACCACGGCCAACGGCAUGGUGCGCUACCGCAUCCUCUCGCAGACGCCGCACACCCCCAUCCCCAACAUGUUCACCAUCAACAGCGAGACCGGGGACAUCGUGACGGUGGCGGCCGGCCUGGACAGAGAGAAAGUGUCUCAGUACACCAUCAUUGUCCAGGCCACCGACAUGGAGGGAAACCUGAACUUUGGUCUGUCGAACACAGCCACAGCCCUUAUCUCCAUUACUGACAUCAAUGACAACCCACCAGAGCUGACAGUCAGGACGUUCUCAGGGGAGGUGCCAGAGAACAAGGUCAACGUGGUGGUGACCAACCUGACGGUGGUGGACAGGGACCAGCCCCACAGCCCCAACUGGAACGCCGUGUACCGCAUCGUCAGCGGCGAUCCCUCGGGCCACUUCGCCAUCCGCACCAACCCCAUCACCAACGAGGGCAUGCUGACAGUGGUUAAGCCGGUGGACUUUGAGAUGAACCGGGCCUUCAUGCUGACCGUGGUGGUGUCCAACCAGGCCCACCUCGCCAGCGGCAUCCAGUCUUCGGUUCAGUCCACGGCGGGAGUCACCAUCUCCGUGCAGGACGUCAACGAGCCGCCCGUCUUCCCCGUCAACCCCAAGAUGAUUCGCUUUGAGGAGGGGGUCCCGGCGGGCACCACCCUCACCGUGUUCGCUGCCCAGGACCCCGACCACUUCAUCCACCAGAUCGUCAGAUACUCCAAGCUGUCAGACCCCGCUAACUGGCUGAAGAUCAACAGGACCAAUGGUCAGAUCACCACCAUGGCCCUGCUGGACCGAGAGUCCAUGUACGUCAGGAACAACGUGUACGAGGCCACGUUCCUGGCGUUCGACAAUGGUAAGUCGGGCUCGCCUCAAGCCAGCGGGACGGGAACCCUCCAGAUCUACUUGAUCGACGUGAACGACAACGCGCCCGUGCUCCAGCCCCGGGAGGCCCAGGUGUGCGAGCGCGCGCGCCCCAACUCCAGGAUCAACAUCACGGCCUCGGACGCCGACACCGACCCCAACGUGGGGCCCUUCGUCUUCGAGCUCCCCUCGUUCCCCGCCAGCGUUCGCCGGAACUGGACCAUAUCCAGACUGAGCGGCGACUACGCUCAGCUCAGGCUGAGGAUUCCGUACCUGGAGCCGAGCGUCUACGAGAUCCCCGUCAUCGUGUCGGACUCGGGGAACCCGCCCCUGUCCAACCGCUCCCUGAUCCGGGUCAAGGUGUGCCCCUGCGACGACAACGGGGACUGCAGCGCCACGGGGGCGGUGGCGGCCGCCGGCCUCGGCACCGGGGCCAUCAUCGCCAUACUCAUCUGCAUCAUCAUCCUGCUCAGCAUGGUUCUGCUGUUCGUGGUGUGGAUGAAGCGCAGGGAGAAGGAGCGCCAGGCGAAGCCCCUGCUGAUCGACCCCGAGGAUGACGUCAGAGACAACAUCCUGAAGUACGACGAGGAGGGAGGAGGAGAGGAGGACCAGGACUAUGACUUGAGUCAGCUGCAGCAGCCCGAGUCCCUGGACCACAUCAUCAACAAACCGACGGGGGUGCGCAGGGUGGACGAGAGGCCAGUGAUUGCUGAGUCCCAGUACCCCGUCAGGCCCAGUCUGCCCCACCCUGGAGACAUAGGAGACUUCAUUCAUGAUGGCCUGAGGGCAGCGGACAACGACCCCACGGCUCCUCCCUACGACUCCCUGUUGGUGUUCGACUACGAGGGCAGCGGCUCCACCGCCGGCUCCGUCAGCUCGCUCAACUCCACCAGCUCAGGGGACCAGGACUACGACUACCUCAACGACUGGGGCCCGCGCUUCAAGAAGCUGGCCGACCUCUACGGGGGCGGGGACGACGACUGAGGGAGGAGCCGGGGGGAGGGCGGGGGUCAGGGGCGGGGCCUCGGGCGGGGGCCCGGACCGCGAUGAGGCCCCGCGGCGGGCGCGAGGGGCGCCGGGCGCCGGCUCGGCCCGCGGCCCCGCGUCGGGUCGCCCACCGAGCCUGCCGGCGCCGAUCCCUCUGCAGCGCAACUGUGUUCUGGCUUCAUUUCUGGAUUCUUUUCAGUGGCGAGUUUGUGGUGUGACGUUUCUCUUCUUCUUCUUUCCGUUCCUGUCGUUCUCUCUCUCUCACCGCGCUGGACCCAGAGCUCUCUGGGGACGAAUCAAGGCGGUGGCGGGAGCCACGAGUGGCGAAUCUGUGCUUUGGUUGAUUGUUCAAACGAAACCAUCUCUUGCUUUGGUCUCACACUGAAGAGAAUGUUUGCAGGAAGACGCUCUCGCUCUCUUUCACUCUGUCAACUUGAAUUUCCUUAGAACAGAAGCACUGUCAUUUUAUAAAGUGCCUUUUGUGGUGUGUUUUUGUAUCGGACUCCUGCUAUCUCAGGAUCGGUUGCCAUUUGUGCAGUGCAGCGGAGGCGGCGCUCACCCCCCCCCAGUGUUCCUCAAACCGGCCCUGCCUGUCACCCUCCUCCCCCCUUCACAGCGGUGCGAACCGACGACCCCAGCAGCCAGUCCCAGGAGGGUAGGACACGACCCGCUAUCGGACAACCCGGGUCACGGCCCGCUCGGGAUGAACACCGCCCUCGUGUCCAAGGACCUGCUCAGUUUGACUUUCAUAGGCAUCACCUGGCGACGCAGCCUCAGCAGCACGCUGACGUUGGCGCGACACCAUUUUUAUACGCGUGGGGGUUUUUCUAAUUUACUGGAGAAUGCCUGCCUUUCCUCUGUGGACUCAUGACUUGAGAGCUUUCAUUUGAGACGCUUGCCUGCCCUGUACGGUUUUGUGUUGCUUUCGCCACAGUGUAAAGCUUAUGUAGGCAUGAUCUGAUCAGUCAGACGGUGUAAGGAAGCGGGACUUGAAAUGACUUUGAACAAAGGCAUCUGAGACGGAUUUUCUUUUUUUUGUUGCCUUGAACAUUCCCAUUUUUUUAAUAGGCAAAGAAAACAAUAAAAAGGUGCAUGAUUUUUUUUUUCAAAAUGUUUUACUCAAAGCACUUGUUACUGUGGUGAGAAUGUGAAAAUAGUCGGCAGAAACUAUAUAAAUAUACUCUGUAUAAAGACACUGAGAAAAUAAAAAUACUGUAAGAUACCUAUUUUUGAAGUAUUGAUGACAUACAAGUUGCUGCUCUCUCUCAAGCUCUUCACUGAGCUUGGGGGAUUUUUGGCCCUUUCAUUUUUAAUAUGUGGAUAUUCUUUUGUUCCUUUGUCUUCUGUUGAGUCAUGAUCCAUUUUUAAGAUGCAAGCUUUCAUAUUUCUCUUUCAGUUCCCCUCCUUGUUCAUUUCCCACUCUGCAUUGUCUCCCCUGCCUCCGGGCAGAGGACGGGUCGCCAGUCGAGCCCGCUGACAGCCGUCCUGAGGAGGGUUAUUUCACUCAUUCAUCUAAAUACUGGAUGUGUGCUUCAGAAAAUAAACAAGACAUGUUUUCAAAUCAG